CGCCCCCCUCGGCUGUCUCUAUGCGACCCAUGUCCCUCGUGCCACGUUACGUCAUAUGAAAUUCACCCAGUUUCCGAACUAAAGACGUUUUAACCGUUUGAAGUGAACCAACAGUCGAGUGGAGAAGAGCGGAUCCAAGCAGCCACCACUGGAGGGCGAAGAUGAAGCUGAAUUCAUUAUCUGUGAUAUGUCUGUCACUACUUUUGUUUCAUACCCAUCUUUCACUGGCCAGGAAGGGAGGAGGAGGCGGUGGCUUUGGGAAAGGUGGUGGCUUUGGGAAAGGCUCCGGCACAAAGUCAAAGUCUCCCCCGUCCAACCGAGGCAGCACCCACACUAACACUAAUCAGGGCUCCAACUCUCAGGGUUGGUACCCCAAACAGCCUGGACAACCCAAUCAAGGAGGCUACCCUCCGCAAUCAGGCAGACCUGGGUAUCCGGGUAGUUACCCCCAGCAGCCGGGUGGAAGAGGCUACCAGUAUCCAGCACGGGGCUCCCCAUACGGAGGAGGCUAUGGUGGUUAUGGUGGUUAUCCAGGUGGAUACAUCAACCAAAACCCAAACAACCAAAUCCUGAGCCCUCGCUAUGGUGGCAGCUUUGGUUACGGGGGCCGCGGUGUUGGGGGCGGCUCUCCCUUUUCCCAAUCAGUUCAUGCAAUGGGCGUGCGUCCCAACGAUAAUUCCAGAGGGUUUGGGCGCAGUGCGAUGAUGGCAGCAGGUGGAGGGGCUAUAGUAGGAAUGGCCCUGGGCUACGGUUUAGGAAGGUUCCCCCGUCCUCCCUUCAACUUCCACAACUCCCAGGAGGAGUAUUACUACAACAACUACAUGUACAGGAAAUAUGGUGCGAGGUCUACCGACACCAACGACUACAGCAGAGACUACAGGUACAGCCAACUCCCUGAGACCUAUGACGGCUACAUGGACGCCUGCAUGAAGAGGACAGACCUUCUGCCUGCAGGGAACCGACAGCCAAACAGCAAACCUGCUGCCACAACUACAACCACAACCACUGUUGUCACCUCAGGUCCGCACACUGGCACAGGCAGCAACACGGAGGAGGUCAAUAGCACUGCACCUUCAACUCCCAGCCCUCUAAAUCAGCCUGAAGUCAAUCCUGUGCCUUCUCAGGCUGUCAGCACUGAUGAAGACGAUGAUACAGUCAGCAUCGUGGAGAUCGGCUACCCAGCACUGAUCAAUCAGCUGAAGGUCCGGAGAUGCAUAGAGCUGUACAUGGUUUACUCUGAAAAGUACUUGAAGAGACAAACCGGAGGGGUGCAGGGACUGGAGAUGGGCUCGCGAGGGCUUUUAGCUGUGGUCACCAGUACUAUACUGAUGCUACUGAAUAGCAACAUGCUAAUGCUGCUGCACUGACGCUUUCAUUAGCAGUGAAAGUGAUGGAGAAUGUGCUAAAGGAAUUAAGUAAAUGGAUGGAAAAUUAUUAGGGAGAAAGAAACCUUUUUUUCCCUUUUCUUCAUUGUGUGUGAAUUUCUACUUUAUGUGGGGUUUUUUUGCAUCCUCAUGCAUGUCCUUACUAUUUAUUCAAGGAAAGGAAAGGGAACAGUUAGACUACUAGAGAGUCACCAUGUUUGCAACAAAUAGCACUUCCUUUUUCCUCUUCUGAAAGAGAAAUGGUCCAUUAACUGUACUCUAAAACUCCAGGCUUUUGUUGGCGUUGAGGAGUCUGACCCAUUAAUGUCCAUUUAGAUUUAAUAAAAUAACACAGAGCAUGUUAUUCAACACUAACCCUAGCCAUAGAAGUAAGGAGUGGCACCACCAGUGACUCAUCUUUCUGUGUUUGUGAUGUGUGUUUCAGAAAAAAUUAUUAUUUAUUCAAGGAAACUGGCUAGGUUGUUUUUUCUUUUCUUUUUUGUCUCAGAGGACAAAGCAUGUGCAAGGGUUACUUUGCACCUGUAGGACUUGCUCUGUCAUGGUGAUAAUCUGUGUAAAUACACCGCUUUACAAUAAUGGACAUGCGCUUUAGAUGUAAUAUGAGUAUAUUACCAACAAGGAUGCUGAUAUCGGAAGACUUCUAAAACGGUGAACUUUAAAAACCUCGUAUAGAGAUCACGUCUGUCCGGGUAAAGUUAAUCAUUUUCUUUAUUUGUCAGGCAGACCAUCUAAUUAACAUUUGUGUAUUUAUUACAUAUAAGGUAAUGAACUGGACAGCUUCGCGAUUUACUGAAUAUUAGUGACUGUUUUUUAAAAUACAGGACAGUAAAAAGUAUAAUUACGCUUUAACAGUAAAACAGUGUUGUGCUGUUUACAAAUACAGUAACGUCAGUAGUGCAAAUAGGCUUUUAAGCCACAGCUUAGCACUGGUUUCGGUGCAUUUCUAAAUUUUUACCAGGCCUGGAAAUAAACUGUAGGCUACCAAUGCCAAACUGAUGUCAGAGUUUGAAAACAAACGUUUUGAAUAAAAUAUUCUUUUUUUCCCCAUAUGUAUGAAAAGACCCCAAAAUUAACACUGUAAGCAGUAACUUGAUUACUAUGAGCUAAUUAUUUAAACAGCAUUUGUAAAGCAAUGAUCCUGUCCUAAGCUUUCUGAUCCAUAUAAAGAGUUGGUGACUGUAACCGUGAUCACUAUGAGCGGUUUCCACUGUGUUACAAUUAGCAUGACGGAGUAUCUGUAAUAGAUCAUAUCUACUAAUAUCUUUGUAUUUUAAACCAUUAAUGGACUUUUAUCACAUGAGGUCCUAACGACUAAUUAUUAUAUCUUAUUCAUAAGCAGACAGAUGUAGAUGUAUGCUGUAUCCUAACACUCCUUAAAUUGUUACACUGGAAUCAAUGCAAAGCAAAGUGGGCUUUUUCUUAAUAUUGAUGUGUGUUGUCUUAACAUGUUUCCAUGUACACUGCCAUUGCAUUGUAUGGUAUUUGUAUGUAUUUAGUGUGUUUUAUAUUUUCUAGUCUUUUUAUAAACACACCUUCCUCUUCUGUCCAAUGUUUUGCCUUUCUUCCCCCCUCUGUGGGAUAGCUUGUGAUUGCAGAAGUGCUCUUAAGAAGAUUUAAACCCCUGAUGUACUAAUUCUGAGCUGAAUUCAUCUGCAACUGUAUAUGGUUGCUAAGCCUGCAUAUCAAGAUGUGCACAGUAUAUUACUUAAGAUUUGUACAAUAUCUUUUCUAACCAUAGACUAUGGUGACUUAAAAACAAUUAAAAGGUACUCUCUGGAGUUUUAAUUGCAAACAAACAUCUCGAAUUCAACACGACUGGACAAAACACAUGAUGAACACAUUUCUUACCUCCAUAAUUCAUUUGACUCGGUCAUUAUUCGAGACCCAGUGUGGCAAGUGGGAUAAUUUGAAGCUACAUAAAAUAUAACAAAAACAUGUUGUGACCUCCUCCCCGUUGGUAUAAAAUCCUCUUUGACUUCAGUUUUGCCAAUAAACGAAAAGCCUCAACACCUUUUCCUUCUUGAUUUUUCCAUUUAUUACUCCCACGUCCGCCUCCUGCCGCCACUGCAGAGUACUGUCAUGACCGCUGCAUCUUUAACCACACAUUUCAUCACAACAAACAUUUUUUCAUUAACUGUUGAACAAUCUCUGACCACUAUAGUGAUCAAAAACCCCACAGUGUACCUUUUUUAACGUGUUGUUGAAGCCUACGUUAUCUUGUGUCUGGCUUUGAAUGUAUUUUAAACCGCUUUAAAAGACGUGAAUGUCUUUCACUGUGACGGAUCACAUUUGCUGUGCUGCUGGAGCUUCAACUGAAUACUGAGGGAUGACUUGCACUUUUUGCUUAUCUUGUCAAAUAAACAAAUAACUUU